CCCCACUUUUUACACCACUUGGGGUAGAGUCUAUGUAGGUCAGAGGCAGUGAGCUUGGAAAGCAGAGUUGAUGAUUUUGAUCUGGAAGGUGCACACAAGGUUAUCCUGUCCUAGCAGCCCCACAAUCUAUUUUGUCCCACAUAGUUUCUUACACCCAUCAGUUUUUACCACCUACAGCCCGAUUAGCUCAGCUGGUUAGAGCGUCGUACUAAUAUCAGUUCUCUGAUAUCAAGUCAAUGCGAAGGUCAACAGUUCAAUCCUGUUAUUGGGCAUUCAUUUUUUUGAAGGUUUCUUUUCAUGGCAGCGUCAUCUUAUCCUUCACUAUUUUUACCUCCCCUCCCCCUUCUCUUGUCUCAUUUGCUCAUCUUCUUAGAACAUAGGUUUUUUUUUUUUUUUUCCAAGCCAAGUGUUAUUCUUCCAAAUUCAAACCAUACUCAGAGGAAGUGGCACACGAGUCAAAAAGGUGUCAGUCUAGAGAACAACACAGUGGUUGUUGCACUGACCGAAGGUAAAAAGCAGUCACCGACGACCAGACAAGAUUUUAGACCUCCAAUCAACCGCUCAAACAAUCUUCAACCUAUUUCUACAUCGAGUCUUCUCUCUCGUCACUCGCAGUCCAACACAAAGUUGCCACUGGCUGUGCGGUCCCGGGACCGGGCCCGGUCCCGCUCUCCAUCUUUGGGUUCCAGACUCCCGCACUUGCUUCCCGGGAUAUACUUCGAAUACGAGGUGGACGAAACCAGCUCAGCCGGCUCGUUCGUCGAAUGUUGGGCUUUGUGGCACCAAGACAGUUACAGUAAAUGGGUCAAGGCUCUUUGGAUUGGACGGGAUGCUUGGAAACAACUUGACAAGUUCCAUGGUACAUGUUAGUCAGUCAGUUGAAGGCAAGAAAGGGGGUUUGGAAGAUUGGCUGGAUCGGAGGGCACCGGACCCUUUCAGAAAUCAGGUAGGUAGCUGAGUCCAGGCUAGCAAGGUCGAGAUU